AGAGAGAGAGAGAGUGAGAGUGAGUGUGUGUGUGUGUGAGAGAGAGUGUGUGAGUGUGUGAGUGUGUUAGUUCAGUGAAUAUUUUUGAAUAGAAUCCAGGAAGACCUGGUAGGGGAUGUGGGGAGCAAAAUUGACCCCUUCUCUGUUUCUUCUUCCCCAGGCACCUCGUACUUCCCGCAAAGCUAUAGCUUUUGGCAAACGUUCCAAUUCCAUGAAGCGAAAUCCCAAUGCUGCAGUCACAAAAAGUGGUUGGCUCUUCAAACAGGCCAGCUCUGGGGUGAAACAAUGGAAUAAACGCUGGUUUGUCCUGGUGGAUCGAUGCCUCUUCUAUUACAAAGAUGAGAAGGAGGAGAGCAUCCUGGGGAGCAUCCCACUCCUGAGCUUCCGGGUAGGGGCGGUGCAGCCCUCGGAUAACAUCAGCCGAAAACACACCUUUAAGGUGACGGUGUGCUGGGCAGGAGAGGCCAGGGCCGAUCCCACGAACUGCCUCUCCCUGCAGGCUGAGCAUGCCGGGGUCCGCACCUACUUCUUCAGUGCCGAGAGCCCUGAGGAGCAGGAGUCCUGGAUCCAGGCCAUGGGAGAGGCAGCCCGGGUACAGAUUCCCCCAGCUCAGAGGUCGGCCCCUCAAGCUGUUCGCCACAGCACUGGAAAGGGGUUGGAUCUACUGACAGGGACUCCUUCGGCCUCCCGCAGCCUUGAGAAGCCGGACUCAGAGAAUAUCCCACCCAGCAAACACCAUCAUCAUCACCAUCAGCCCCGAAACAGCAACCCCAAACCAGAGCCUGAGUCCAAGACAAGAGGAGAAGGAGAUGGCCGAGGCUGUGAAAAGACCGAACGGAAGCUGGAGCAGCCAGAAGUCAAGAAAGAACCAUUGGUGAAAGCCAAUGGUGUUCCGGCUGGACCAGAACCAGCAUUGGAGCCAGGCAGCCCCUACCCAGAAGCCCCACGAGUGCCUACUGGUGGGGAGCGAGCAGCCCAACCCAAUGGCUGGCAAUAUAGUUCACCAAGCAGGCCAGGCAGCACUGCUUUUCCACCCCAAGAUGGCGAGAGCAUUGGUCACCGUCGGAGCUUCCCACCACGAACCAACCCAGAUAAGAUCGCUCAGCGCAAAAGUUCCAUGAACCAGCUGCAGCAAUGGGUAAACCUACGUCGGGGAGUACCUCCUCCUGAAGACCUCAGGAGCCCUUCUAGAUUCUACCCUGUGUCCCGACGAGUGCCUGAGUAUUAUGGCCCUUACUCCCCCCAGUACCCAGACGAUUACCAGUACUACCCCCCGGGGGUGCGCCCAGACAGUAUCUGCUCCAUGCCAGCCUAUGAUCGGAUUAGCCCCCCCUGGGCCUUGGAGGAGAAGCGCCACUCCUUCCGAAAUGGGGGCAGCACUGCCUACCAGCUCCGGGAGUGGAAGGAACCCCCUGGCUAUGGUCGUCAGGAUGGCACCGUCUGGAUCCCCAGCCCUGCCCGUCAGCCCGUCUACUAUGAUGAACUGGAUGCUGCCUCGGGCUCCCUUCGCCGCCUCUCCCUGCAGCCUCGUUCCCACUCCGUGCCCCGCUCACCCAGCCAAGGGUCUUACAGCCGGGCUCGAGUCUACUCCCCUGCUCGGUCCCCCAGUGCCCGCUUUGAGCGGCUGCCACCCCGAAGUGAGGACAUCUACACAGACCCUGCAGCCUAUGUGAUGAGGAGAUCUGUGAGCUCCCCCAAGUAUGAUUACCUGGGUGACCGGAGGCCUGUCCCCGCAGGAAUAUUCCCUUACAACUAUCCACCAUCUCCCACUGUCCACGAUAAAAUGGUUCCUUCUUACCCAGAGGUGUUCCGGGAUGGCCUGCACACCUACAAGUUAAACGAGCAAGAUACCGAUAAGCUUCUGGGCAAACUCUGUGAGCAGAACAAGGUGGUGAGAGAACAGGACCGGCUUGUGCAGCAGCUCCGGGCAGAGAAGGAAAGCCUGGAGAGUGCCUUGAUGGGCACCCACCAGGAGAUGGAGAUGUUUGGGAGUCAGCCCACCUAUCCAGAGAAGCUAUUGCAUAAAAAGGAGUCCUUGCAGAACCAGCUCAUCAACAUUCGUGUAGAAUUGUCCCAGGCCACUACGGCUUUGACUAACAGCACGAUAGAGUACGAAACUCUAGAGGGGGAGGUCUCUGCCCUGCAUGAUGACCUGUGGGAGCAGCUCAAUUUGGACAUCCAGAAUGAGGUCCUUAACCGGCAAAUCCAAAAGGAGAUCUGGAGGAUCCAGGAUGUGAUGGAGGGCCUUCGGAAGAACAACCCAUCCCGGGGCACUGACACAGCCAAGCAUCGAGGAGGGCUUGGCCCUUCCACCACCUUCAGCUCCAAUAGCCCUGCAAGCCCUCUCAGCUCAGCCAGUCUCACCAGUCCCCUGAGCCCGUUCUCCAUGGUGUCUGGCUCCCAAGGGUCUCCCACUAAACCUGGGCCUCAUGAGUCAAAGGGAAGCUAUGAGCAGGGCAAGAAAGAAAGCCACCAGACGUCUCCUUUGGAUGCCCCCAGAGAUAUCAGCCUCGUGCCCACCAGACAAGAACUGGAGGCUGAGAAGCAGGCAGCUCUCAAUAAAGUUGGCAUUGUGCCCCCUCGGACAAAGUCACCCACUGAUGAGGAGGUGGCACCAUCGACGGUGGUGAGAAGGAGUGCCAGUGGGCUUCUCAAUGGGCCCAUCUCCCGGCAGGAGCGUCCCAAGAGUGCAGUGUUUCCCAACGAGGUGAAGGCCAAGAUGAGUGUGGAGGAACAGAUCGACCGCAUGAGGCGGCAUCAGAACAGCUCCAUGAAGGAGAAGAGGCGGAGCCUUCAACUCCCAGCUGGCCCAUCCCCUGACCCCACUGCCCGACCCUCCUACAAAGUGGUGCGCCGUCACCGCAGUAUCCACGAGGUGGACAUCUCCAACUUGGAGGCAGCACUUCGGGCAGAGGAGCCCGGCGGGCAGGCCUAUGAGACACCCCAGGAAGAGAUUGCCCGACUGCGAAAAAUGGAGCUGGAGCCCCAGCACUAUAAUGUGGACAUCACCAAGGAGCUCUCCACGCCUGACAAAGUCUUCAUCCCUGAACGGUACAUUGAGCUGGAGCCAGAAACACCCCUCAGCCCAGAGGAGAUGAAAGAGAAGCAGAAAAAGGUGGAAAGGAUCAAAACCCUCAUUGCCAAAUCCAGUAUGCAGAACGUGGUGCCCAUGGGCGAGGGUGACUCAGUGGAUACACCACAGGACCCUGAGAGCCAACUUCAGGAGCAGGAGAAGAGGAUUGAAAUCUCUUGCACCCUGGCGACUGAGGCUUCCCGAAGGGGCCGCAUGCUGUCUGCUCAAUGUGCCACCCCAAGCCCUCCCACCUCCCCUGCUUCCCCGACUCCACCAGCCAACCCCCUCUCGUCUGAUCCCCCGCGAGGCACCGACAACAGCCAUUCUAUGCGGGUCUGAGCUGUGACUGCAAGCCCUGGCUGAGGCCAAUGCUGUGAAGUUCCACAGAGCCACCUUCUGAAGCCCUCGUCUGCCACACCUGGGGUCCAGGCUCCCUAUCUCACCUCCACUGUGCUCCCCACAGGACUGCUGUGGGGAGCCAGGCCUGGGGUGGCUUUGGCUGCUGAGAGGAGCACAGAUACCUCAAGACAUAUGCACCCCCAUGGCCUCUUGGAUCAUGGCCCCUUCUGGAGAGAUGGUCUGGUUACUCUGCUCCGUGAGGGUCACAGGCCCAGGGCCAGGGACUGGCAUGAGGUGCCCCUCCCCACCUGGCAUUUGAAUGGAUAAGAGCCCCACACCUGGUGACUGCUGUGGAGGGGAGAAUAUGGGCCAGGAGCUGAAAGAGAUGGACCUAUCUCCUCCCUCAGCCCCUCAGAAGUCCUGCUUAGCCUCUAACCCUGGCACCAAGGGCAGAAUUCCCAGCUGCCCUCUACUAUUAGCCCCAAUUAGCUCUUUCAGUUUAAACCUUCAGCUUUAACCAAUCUUGGCUCGUGGAUGCCCUCUGGGGACAGAAGAAGGACUGGUCAUCUUGACUGUGCCAAAGACAAGUGUAAUGGGUCAAGAGAAGGAUGCAAGGGUGUGAAUGUCAGUCACAGCGCUCAGUGGUGGUGUACAGGUGGUGGGGUGCAGUGGUUAGAGAACCAGCAGGUCUGUGUCGUGUCCAAGGACAAGUCAAGGAGGGUGAAGGGAUGGGGCGGCAGAGGAGAGUGGUUGGGGAGGCUUCCCCACCAGCAUUCAUUUGUUGAGGUGGAGGAGGUUAGGAAAGAAGCUCAAAAGUUGUUUCUCAGAGUGAAACUACUACUCAAUAAUGAGAGCAACACCAGAUGGGCAUUUCUGGAAAUCUCAUCACUCCCAAGAGUUCUGGACACCCUCCUCCCACAGGCUAGCCUGAGGAAGAUGCACUAGGGCAGAGCUGCUUCAGUCUCAUGGAUCUGAUUCAAAUUGGGAGAUCUUGGAUGAGAACCUGGGAAGCUCCUCUGGAUGAUGGAUGGAUGGAGGGAUGGAAGGAUGUACUGGGGUCUGAAUGUGCCCCACUAGGGGUGGCAGCUGAUAAAAAUAAAAUGGGGGAAACCUCACUUAGCCAGGUUGGUGGUCCCCAUUCCUUAGUUUCCAGCAGAGUACAAAACCCAAAGGUCUAAUCCAUCACGUAUUCCAUUCUUCCAGAAGAUUCCCAGUCAGGGUCAGAUGAUACUGGAAUUCUAAUAGGAGGACCUUUCUGGCACCUCCAACACAGAGAGGGAGGAUAUAUGGAGGUCAAGUCAUCUUACUCUCUCCUACUCAAUGACAUAAAACAGAUGCAGCUAGAGAAGGAGAAGAGUAAGCCUGGUCUCUGGAUGCCCUUUUUUUUUUUUUGCCAUAACUACUAGUCAAAGGGGCACUCUAAUAUAAAGUAGAUCACUCCCACCCACCCCAAUACCCCUGGUAGUUUAAAGCUAAGGGAAUCUGCAAACAGCAACUGUUUAGUAUCCUCUCACCCUCACCCCAACUGUUUCUCCUCCUUACUAGCUAGGAUAGUUGCUAUGCCCAUAGAAAUAAAUAUAAUUCUUCAAAUGACAAGAUACCACCCUUCUAAAGGGCACCCUCAGACAUACAUCUCAUUGCUCAAAGAUACAAAAACUUGUAUCAGUUUUCAUCAUGUAUUUUGAAUCUCAUCUCUGCAUCCUGUUCUAGGCACAGUUGAAGUAUCCCUAGUUUGUCCUUCCUGUCUGGGGGAGAGAGGAAGAUGCCCAAUGAUCCUUCUCUUUAGCAUCUUGCUCCUCUUGUCCCAUUUAAGCUCCCAGUAAAGAAGCCUGUCUCCUCCCACUUUGAACUGAUUUCCAGGGACUGUCAACCCUUCUUGGAAUUUAUCUGUCUUCUCUUCCUGCCCCAUCAUCUCCUCUUUAAAAAAAAAAAAAGUACUUUUUCAAAGAAAUACAUGUAAAAUACCAGGAAAUAACAAGUCUGCACCUCUCCCACCUCUUUCUCACCUAUUAUUUCAUAAAGCUGGUUCUUUAUGUUGCUCUACAUGCCUUAAUAUAUGUUUUAUGGAAAUUAUACAUAUUCUAGAUAAUAUAUAUUUGUUUGGAUGUCUUAUCUGUUUCUGGAGCCCCUGACCUUAACUAGUCUUCCCUUUCCCUUACCCUCUUUACUGUUUCAGAUCAUACCCACCAAGUGAAUUCCUUUACCCCAACCCACUAGUUCCCUUUUUAUCCAAAAGUGAAGAAGAAAAAGGACUUUUAAGAUAGAUCUAUUUUAUGCUUUUGUUAAAGGCAAAUCUAUUUUCAAAAUGUAGAAUGUCUGGGUUGAUGUAGUUGCCAGGUCCUGGGGUGACUGGGAGUAGGAGGCUCAGUGCCACUACCAUGCUCUACACACACACAAGAGCUCUCCCUACGUAUGGAUUGUCUACCAUUUUCCAAUCCAGAAAAGGCCAAAACUCUGUUCAAAAAGUUGCUGGGGAAAUCUUGAUUUGCUAUGGAAUUUUCUCUUGAAGGUCCCCAGAGAACUUGAUUAAUUUCCUCUCAUCUGAAUGCAGAUAAGUUUGUGAGUCUUGACCAAUUCUUCCCAAAGUCAGCCUCUGCUCAACAGAAGCAGGAAAGUAAAUCUACUGCUGGACCAUGAAGUGAUGUCUUCCAAAGCCAAACAAAAGUGAUUUGGGAAUCACUGAUGCUAGCCAUUCCCCAUUAGCACAGAGAAUUGAAAGCUGUUUGGAUCUUCUUUUUUUUUUUUUUUUUAAUCCAAUUCUUCCCCCAUCCCCCUAUAUGUAUGUAAGGCAUCUCCAGCUGUGUUCCCUCUCUCAGGGGACUGUCCCUUGUCCCUUGUCUCUUCAACCACCCUUGGAAUUAGUAUCGUCAGUCUGGUAUCCAGGCUGCCAAACAAGGUCAUGUGCCAAGGAAGAUUCCAAGGGAUGGUAUGGCCCAUUCAUGGCCUUGCCAAGAGGACCCAGACCCAACCCAUUCAUUGAAGUGUAUUCUCUGUCCUGAAAACAAUGCAACAACCCUAGCUGCUCUCUUGCCAUGAAAUGAGAUAAGCAGGCAAAGAGCAAUUUUGUGGGGAGGGUAUAGACAAUCAGGAGGUCUCUGUAGUCUCGUGUCAAGGCCCCAUACCCAUAAGAUGGAAUGGCACAUGAUUCUGAGCAGGGGUUUAGAACUUGACCUCGCAUCUCAAGAGACGCUUUGGUGCUUGCUUCUCUACUUACCCAUCCCAGCAUGAACUUUAUCUCCCAAGAGGUGAGAUGGGGGGCUUAGUGCCCAGCUUGACCCCACCUACUCUCAUCUCAAAAAGCUAUGGUCUGGAGGAAGUCCCAAUGGUGUUAUCCAUGCAGGGGAAAUCCCUGACUAAUAAUAACCUAAGGUUGACCCAGUCAAUAAUUCCCUCCAACCAUGGUUUGUAUCUGGGAUUGUUCUAUUGCAAAGGUCACUUUAACAAUAUUCGGCUAUGUGGACUCUCUCUCCUAAGCCAGGGCUUACACAGAGCCCUGCUCUUAUUGGGGGAAAGGGGUGGGGAGGGGAAGAAGGAAUGACUGUUGGUUGAGAUGGGAUUGAUUCCCUUGUCUUUCUGUAACACCUUCCACCUGGUCACUCUUGUAACCAAGAAAACCCCACAGGAGAGAACUAUAUCUACUUAUGCACAUUCUGGGGACAAUUUAAUCUUGCUAGAGUUAGACAAUAAACCUAACGAGGAAACCUGU